UUCAGGUCGAGUGAUGGUUUCAGGAUGGCUAUGUCUCUCGGUGUUUAUAGCGUGUUGCUGCUCUCCCUUGCUGGGCGCCCCCCCGACCCCCACGCAGGAUGAGAGCGAAGCAUCAUCGCUGGUGAAGCGUUCGGCUGCCUACCCCCACGGGACAAUGCUGCGCUACUUCCUGAUGGCGAUGAGCAGCUCUGACGCCCCUCGCAGCCCGCCCGUCCUCGUUAACCGACCCAUCAGAAGGCUCGGGUCAGAGUUCCUGGGGAAGAGGUCCUCGCCGCCUGCGGUGAGCCUCGAGCAAAGUGCCGAAGAUACCCACGCCUGCGAGGACGAGACGUGCGCCGAGGAAGUCCAAGACGACCGCAGAAAAGAACAUCUGAGUUACACUGGGCAGUACGACUACGACUACGACAGCGACGAUGACGACGGUGCGAACGACACGGCGAAGAGAGACUCACAGAUCGCCAAACCCAAGAAGAGAAAUAUUAGAGAUAGGGAAAACUUGAAAGAUCUCUUUUCGAUAUUGAUGUCAAAGAAAAUGGGGUCCGAAUUCCUGGGCAAGAGAAUGGGAUCUGAAUUCUUAGGUAAGAGAAUGGGAUCCGAGUUCCUAGGGAAGAGAAUGGGUUCGGAAUUCCUCGGGAAGAGAGGAAUGGGUUCGGAAUUUCUCGGCAAAAGAGCGAUGGGGUCCGAAUUCUUGGGGAAGAGAGUCACAGGGUCGGAAUUCUUAGGGAAGCGUGGCAUGGGAUCAGAAUUCCUGGGCAAACGUGCAAUGGGUUCCGAAUUCCUUGGGAAGCGCGCCAUGGGAUCAGAAUUCCUGGGGAAGAGAGCAAUGGGUUCAGAAUUCUUAGGGAAGAGAGCAAUGGGAUCAGAAUUUUUAGGGAAGAGAGGAAUGGGUUCAGAAUUUUUAGGGAAGAGAGCAAUGGGUUCGGAGUUUCUGGGUAAGCGAGCAAUGGGAUCGGAAUUUCUUGGCAAGCGAGCAAUGGGGUCAGAAUUUCUAGGAAAGCGAUUCGUACCAGAAGGUCUUAGCUCUGCAUCAGUCGACACGAAGAGAGCUGUAGGAUCAGAAUUCCUUGGGUGAAGUAGACACCAUACCAGAAGGUAAAACGACCGAAGUUUAAUUCAUAUCAAGAAGGCGGGAAAUUCCUUGACUGUGUUAAUUGUUAUUGAAACGAGGAAGUUCAUAAUUCUUUUCGUCUCCAAUGGAUUUUGAAUUUUCAUUUCAAUUCAGUUUUUCUUUUCGUUAACACUAUACCCGACAUCUGACAGCAGAUAUAGUAGCGCAUUUUGUCCUUUCCAAAAAGCCAUCAUUCACCUGCCAUGUGGAGGAGGGAUGGCGGGUGAUCGCGUUGGUUAUCGGAAAAAUUAGACUGGCUGGAGGUUCCUUACUUAGCUACUUCUGUGUGGCAUUUGUAAUUACAAAACAAUAAUGAUAACAAUAAUCUCGAAAGAAUUUAAAGACCAUGUAACUAUUGUAAAGACAUGUUAGUGCCAUUUAUUUUUGUAAAAUGCUUAUGAUCGUUCACUGGACGAGUCCUAAUGUAGCGAAAAGAUUCAAUAAAAAAAUUUGUCAUCCCUCAAAUUCUUUUAAUCAAGACAGCACAAGUCAUGGCUACGUGGUUGUUAAUUAACGUGAGAGCAAUAGAGUAAGAAGAUACACAAUGCAGAUUCAUGCACUGAUAUAUUAAAGUGGUAUAUCGCUAUUGUUACAUUCAUUAUACUUUGAAUGAUCAUAUGUCAGAGAACAAAUUGUAAUCUUUGUCUUCAUUUCUGAAGAAGUAAGUUAUUGCAUUUGGAGUGUGGCAUACUUUAUCCUUCUCAAAAUAAAUCGUGUAACCGCAACAUUACUUAUUGUUGAUGAUUUCAUUUCAGUGCCCCCUUUACUUGCAGAAACUUCCCAUUUUCUCAUCUAUUUAACUCCGACUAUCACUGAUUCUCUUAAUGGUUGGCGGCUGGCAGCUAAAUGUAUGUAUUUCACCGUUUAACGUUACUAGACGUGGCAAAAGUUCAGAUAAUUUAAAAAUGAAUUCCGAAACCGUUCGUCUUUUUUUUCGCCCAUUUUCUCUAUCCUUAUCCCGCAUCUUCUCUCUCAAGUGCGAUGAUGGCUGGGUUUCUAUAUAUAUUUUUUCCCCUUUUUCAUUCAACUAUUGUAGCUUUGGAUGAGGGAUAAGGUUAGAGCUAACUAAAUUCUAAUAUAUAUAUAUACUCUCUAUACAAGAAAUAAGGGUUUACAGCAUCAAUGCAGAGCUAAAUUAACAUCUAUACUGUUUUGUCCUCGCGCGCAUUCCACCACAAAAGGUUUCCGGUGCAUUCAUGUGCGUUGUGAUACAAAUGUAUUGGUUGUGAAGAUGUCUGGACACACUUUGCAGACAUAUCCAGUGGAGUCCACAGGUUGGAGGAUUUUGCCCGAUAAUCCUGUAUAUAGGCGACAAUUACAACUAACCAUAAUAAAGUAUGAAACAUUU